AUGGGUGGGUCAAGUGCUCGGCUCUUGUUUCGUCAACAUUCAACUCGUCCUAAAAACGUGGAAUAUCUCUAUGGAGCCAGUGUUGUGAUUCCUGCCAUGGAGUUUGGUGUUCGUAAAAUAAAAACGCUUUUGGUAAAGGAAGACCAGCGAUUUGGCGGUAUGAAGAUUCGAGGAAACGGCGAGGCCAUACUCUCCUCUAAAAUACUACCCAAAAUCAGUUCAGCUGAUAUGGGGCAAGACAGUAGAGCACUGUUGGAUUAUGCAGUAGCACUUGCCAACCAAAGGGAGAUUCCAGUCAAGGAAGUGCCAGUAAGCCAUUUAGAUCGUUUGGCUGGUAAUCGGCCUCAUCAAGGACUAGUACUUGCCACACUUGCACCAAAAGUAACACAUCUACAUGCUCUGGGUAACUGUGACUUGGAUGCCAACGAUGUUGACUUUGAAAAAAAUGUUUACGAAGUAGAUGCUGGAGGUGAUGGUAUUCUAAGGCUAAAGACUCGAGAAGAUCGUAAAUACCCGUUUUGGAUAGCUCUGGACCAAAUUGUUGACCCUCAAAACCUUGGAGCCAUUCUACGAUCUGCUUAUUAUUUCGGAGUUGAUGGCGUGGUAGUUACUGAGCGAGAUUCAGCCCCUUUCAGCCCUAUAUCAUCAAAGGCGAGUGCUGGUGCAAUGGAAGCCAUGCCUCUUUAUUCAACAGUCAAUCUUGGAAAGCUACUCCAGGAAUCCGCAAUAAACGGAUGGCAGAUCUUGGGCACAAAUACGAAUGCAAAAAAAAGUGAUCUCAUUCCGCUUUGUCAUUUUAAACAAAGAUGUGACAUGGAGGUAUCGAAUGACUUGGACGAUCUAAAAACACAUACUCCACUAUUACGGCUGGACAGUGCACCAACUAUUUUGGUGCUUGGAAACGAAGGACAUGGUAUGCGAACACUGGUUUCAAAGCACUGUCAUCACCAUUUGAUCAUUACUCAGGAUCAAUUUUCACCCAACUUCAAAAAAAGCAGAAUAGAUUCGCUAAAUGUCAGUGUAGCAGCUGGAAUUCUUCUCCAUGAGCUUCUCCUGAGUGUAUGA